UGUGAGGCGGGGCAGGAGGAGUGAAAACAUCGCCUGUGUUCUCACUGAGGUAGUCUUCCUUCACUGUGAUUGUAGAUGUGUUCGGAACACCGGAUUAUCCAAACAGAACGCUGCACGCGCGUCUCUAUCCGCUGCGCGCUACCAACGCGUCACAUCUCACCAAAGUGCAUGAAAGAACCAGAGCAAAGGGUGAAGAAAACACCAACAAUUACCCGUUCCUGAAUCUUCCAGCUUGACAGUUCUGGAAACAUGCCGAAGCACGUGGAGGUAAGGAUGCAUGAAAGCCACCUGGAACCCAUUGAGGCGAAGCCGAACUCCAAAUGGGGCACAAUAUGCCAGAAGAUGCGCAAGAACCUGCUGCUCACGCUGACUGUGAUGGGUGUGAUUUUGGGAGCUGUUUCUGGUAUGCUGCUGCGUGUGGCUUCUCCAAUCGAUGACAACAUUGUCAUGGUAAUUGCCUUCCCUGGAGAUAUUCUAAUGAGGAUGCUAAAAAUGCUCAUCCUUCCCUUAAUCAUCUCCAGCUUAAUCACAGGUCUUUCCGGUCUGGAUGCAAAGUCAAGUGGUCGUCUGGGUUCGAGAGCCAUGAUUUAUUACAUGACCACUACUAUCAUUGCUGCUGUGCUGGGGGUCAUCCUGGUGCUCCUCAUCCACCCCGGAAAUCCCAAACUCAAGGAGAAUCUAGGAGAAGGAGCUGAGAAUGAUGAGGUUUCCAGUCUUGAUGCCUUUUUUGACCUUAUCAGAAACCUCUUCCCUGAGAAUUUGGUUCAGGCUUGCUUCCAGCAGAUCCAGACCGUCGUGAAGAAAGUAGAAGUUCAGCCUGAUUUCGAUGACACCAACAGCACCGACCAUCUGUCAAAUGCCACCAGACCACCCCCUAUUUUCAAAGACAAGAAAUCUCUCCAGUUCAAGAGUGGAAUGAAUGUGCUGGGUCUAAUUGGAUUCUUCAUUGCCUUUGGUAUUUGUAUGGGCAAGAUGGGAGAGAAAGCUAGGCUCAUGAUUGACUUCUUCAGCAUACUCAAUGAGAUUGUGAUGAAGCUAGUUAUCAUGAUCAUGUGGUACUCUCCCUUUGGCAUCGCCUGCUUGAUCUGUGGAAAGAUCAUCUCUAUCAAAGAUCUGGAGGUGGUGGCCAGGCAGCUGGGGAUGUACAUGGUGACAGUUAUUAUUGGUCUGAUCAUCCAUGGUGCCAUAUUCCUGCCAUGCAUCUACUUUGCAAUUGUACGGAAAAACCCCUUCUCGUUCUUCAUGGGUAUCUUCCAGGCCUGGAUCACAGCUCUGGGCACAGCCUCUAGUGCUGGCACUCUGCCCGUAACGUUCCGUUGUCUUGAGGAAAACCUUGGUAUUGACAAGAGAGUUACACGUUUUGUGCUGCCUGUUGGAGCAACAAUUAACAUGGACGGAACAGCCCUCUAUGAGGCUGUAGCUGCCAUUUUCAUUGCCCAGAUGAACGGAAUUGAUUUAGAUCCCGGUCAAAUCGUCACUGUCAGUCUUACAGCAACACUUGCCAGUGUCGGGGCGGCGAGUAUCCCCAGUGCUGGACUGGUCACCAUGUUACUCAUUCUGACAGCCGUUGGACUUCCUACUCAAGAUAUCAGUCUGCUAGUGGCUGUUGACUGGCUUCUGGAUCGUUUCCGUACCUCAGUUAAUGUGGUUGGAGACUCAUAUGGGGCUGGCAUCGUCUACCAUCUGUCCAAGGCAGAGCUGGAUGCUCUGGACGCCCAACAUGCGAAAUCUGAUGACAUAGAGAUGACCAAGACCCAGCCCUACUAUGAUGACCUCAAAAACCAUCAUGAAAACAACUCCAACCAGUGCGUCUAUGCUGCUCAAAAUUCUGUCUUAUUAGAUGAUUGCAAGGUAACCUUGGCAGCCACAAAUGGCUCAACUGCGGAGUACACACUCGUUGAGGAAGAACCUUGGAAAAACAAUUAAUGCAAGCACACAGACCCCGGCUCCAAGAGAGAGAGAGAGAGAGAGAAAAAGCAACCUAUAUUCAUGCACAUAGAACAAAUGGGUUUUGUAGUUUAUUUCUAUGGUUUCUAUUCUUUUCUAACAUGUUUAACAAUAUUAUAUUGUCUCAUG